AUGUGGUCCGCUGGCUUCACAGCACUUGUAUUCUACAUCUUCCUAGGGGCGAACCUCUUCUCGCGCCGGUCGCCCUAUUUCCAUGACCGUACUGCGCCGCAGGCAGAAUGGGCAGAUGGGCCGCUAAAGUUGGUUGAGACGCCGUGGACUUUGAACCAGAAGAAUGACCUGUUCACCACGGCGGCAACUCACAUGGCGCUGUUGCACAAUGCCAUCAUAAGGGGGUAUAAUUCGAUUUAUCUGCAGGCGCCGCACAUCAAGCCCGAUGACCUAGGCGACUUUGUGUCCUAUGCGCUCACGUGGCACAAAUUUGUGGUUUCCCACCACGACGACGAGGAGGCGAAGCUAUUCCCCGACAUGGUAGGCAUACUAGGCGAUGACACCAUCUGGGAGAACAUGAAAGAAGAGCACGAAUCCUUCCUUCCCGGCCUCGCCGCCUACAGAAACUACCUCACCACACUCAACUCCACGAGCUACGACAGCAAGGCACUCCGCAAGGUAAUGGACUCGUUUGCGGAGGACCUCUCCACCCAUCUGCACCACGAAGUAGGCGUCAUGACCAAAAUGUCCGCUCAUCCGAGUGUGCCUGCGCGGGAGUCUCACAAGGGCGCUCUGGCGAGCGACAUGCUCAAGGCGUGGGGGAAGAACACGGUCACAAAGGCGGGAUAUAUGGAUAUCCUGCCGUUUUUCCUGUUGAAUACGGAUAGGACGUUUGAGGGCGGCGUGUGGAGGAACUGGCCGCGGAUGCCGGAGGUGGUGAGGUGGUUUAUGGUGAAUUUGGUGGGGAUGAGGCAUGGGCCGCGGUGGAGGUUUGCGAGCUGUGAUGCUGCGGGGAGGCCGAGGGAGUUGUUUGCGUUGAGGGUGUUGAGGGAGGAGAUGGAGAAGAGGGAGGAGGAGAAGAAGAAGGAUGGGAAGUCUGAGUUGUAG